GAGGAAUGCACCGCAUCGGAGUUGCAAAAAUAUUUUCUGGUGUUUACGAUGGAGUGUUUGACGAAUGAAAACAGCACACUGCACAAGCUGUCAAAAGGCGAAACUGUCACCCUCACUGAGGGUGAUGUCUCUACUGAUGAACCAGUCGAAUGUAAGUUACCAAACUUCAAUAAACAUCAUGAGGGACCUCAGGGAAGGUUGACAACGUUGGCUGAGGCUGCGAUGGCCGCCACAAAAGGCAACGCGAGCAGCGACACCGCCGCUGUGUGGGCACGUGUCUCCUCACUGCUGCCGCUGCUGCUGAUGGCUGCUGUUGCCUGUGCUGCUGGGGAGUGA